AGCAUCAGAAAGGAAGGACUUGACGACAGCAAUAACAUUAAAUUUGUUUACAAUUGGGCUCUUUCGAGCAAUGAGAAAUUGCAAGGGCUAGCCUCAGAGAAAAAUUAAUAUAACCAAGGAAGAUGUUUCAAAAUAUGUGAACUGUCAGGAAAUUUUCCCUCGGUUGAGAGUUGGUAAUUUUGUUCAUAAUUCCAAUAAUCUGGAAAAAGUCGGCAUUCCUUGAUUAUCGUCAGAAUGAGUGCCCGGAUCAGCUUGGGUAACACCAAGCUUUUUAAGCUGAUUGUGCACCAGAGAAAUUUCAGUGGCGAGGAUCUGAUAAUAAAUCCAAAGGAUUUUCCAACCAUAAAAAAGGGAGAUAUCGUUGAAAUUUUCCACCCUGAAGAGGAGAGCAGCCGACUUCUUUUGCAAGUAACUUCAUUCAAAGAAGACCUCCAAAGCAGAGAAACAAUCAGCAUUGAGCAGAGCAUUGCAAGUGCAUUUCAACUUAGAACUUAUGCAGACGUCAAUGUGAAUAUUGUCAGCGCUGAAGAUGUAGCAUUGGACUCGGUUGAGCUCACUUUUAAGGACCAAUACCUUGGUAGAAGUGAUAUGUGGCGACUGAAAAAUACCAUGAUGAACACCUGUGUUUAUAUGAACAAGAAAAUCGAAUUUUGCGGAGGGAGCAUUCGAUGCCAGGUGUAUGAGAUGUGGUCUUCUGGUGAACGGGUAGCUUGUGGAGUAAUCAACGAGGAUACCAAGGUUGUCUUUCGCUCAUCCACCAGCAUGGUUUAUUUAUUCCUACAAAUGAGUUCAGAAAUGUGGGAGUUUGACAUCCAUGGUGACCUGUACUUUGAAAAGGCUGUGAAUGGGUUUCUCACAUACUUGGUGCAUAAGUGGAAGAAAGCUGGAAGCAAUCAUGAAGUCACCAUUGUACUCUUUUCGAGGACAUUUUACAAGGCUAACAGUUUAGAUGAGUUUCCUCUCUACAUGAGAGAGUGUUUACAGAAAGACUACAAGGGAAGGUUUUAUGAAGAUUUUUACAGAGUGGCUAUUCAGAAUGAGCGAUAUGAUGACUGGACCAGUACCAUCCAAUUUUUGCGCAAACUGUUCCCUAUAUACCAGCAGCAAGUCUUAGAGUACCAUGCCAGGCCAGGAGUGGUGAUUCCAAAAGCUUACAACUCGACUGCUAGUCAAGGAAACUUCUUGGAGGUUUUGAACAUGUCCCUCAAUGUGUUUGAAAAGCACUAUUUAGAUCGCAGCUUUGAUAGAACAGGACAACUUUCUAUUGUAGUGACGCCUGGUGUUGGCGUGUUUGAAGUUGACAGAGAGUUGACCAAUGUCACAAAACAGCGUGUCAUCGACAAUGGUGUUGGAAGCGAUUUGGUUUGCGUAGGCGAGCAACCAUUGCAUGCCGUGCCUCUUUUAAAAUUUCACACCAAAGAUGUUUCUAUGAAUGCAGUUGAUGAUUACAGCAUGCCCCAUUGGAUUAAUUUGAGCUUUUAUUCCACAAAUAAGAAAGUUGGCUACUCUGAAUUCAUUCCACGCAUAAAAUUACCGCCGAUGCAGAACCAGGCGCUGAGCAGACGCUCUAGUCAGUCUGUGGCUCAAACAAAUACCAAAGUUAGCACAGACGAGGAACAGUCGGGUCUACCAACUCUAUUUGAUUAUGAUGCAUAUGACGCAAAGAUUUUCCAACUACCCAUUAUGCAAACUGCUGGGAGGUUUCCAAAUUCGAAAAAAGUGUCGACAGGAACAAUGAAUGAACCAUAUCUGAGCUACAUCCACCCUCUUAGCAACGCCACUCGGAAAAUGUCAGACCCUGAUGUGCAUCACUUCCAAAGCACAUCACCCGUUCCUGGUCUUUCCAGAAUAAGGUCAUCGGCAAUCUCAAUCCCGAGCAGAUCGAUUGAGGGCUCUCCAAAUAAUUCAUUACAAGAAUCGAAAACUCUGGCUCGAACGGUGCUAGAAAAUUAUUCUCCGCCAAAUCAGGGAAGAGCAAUAAUUGGCAGCGUGGGCUCGCAGACCACAAUGAGUCAGCAGGCUGUUAAACUGCGACCUGGCCGAGCGCUUAUCAACCCAUUUGACCCCUCUCAUGUAACAAUUAAGCUUACCUCAAACAGGCGCAGAUGGACGCACAUAUUUCCCAAAGGGCCCACUGGAGUCCUCAUCCAACAACACCACUACCAAGCAGUGCCCACCAAGUCAUUGAAUGAGCGCCUUGAUGGAGACAGUGACGACAAGAAAACUAAUGAAUUCACGCCGCGAGGAUCAAUGUCGCUCGAGACGCGCUCUCUCAACUUUCUGAACAAGCACUUUGUGGCGCAGAACGUCAGGAACAUGACACUUCUUUGGGGCGCCACUGGAGAACAAGAGUGGACUCCUGCCUUGACAACAGCUGGAAAAGUAAUCAUAGGCGUCGACUGGAAGUCACUUACAAUUCCCGCGUGCUUGCCUGUCACAACCGAUUACUUUCCGGAUAAGAGAAGCCUGACCAACGACUAUUUUGUGUCCGACUAUAAUCUGUUGCCCGAAGACGUCAACUUUGGCUACGCGCAGCAGCGAGCAGUCUUUAAAAAGCCGUUGAACACAGUAGAAGUUUACAAGGAGCUCAUUUCCCAGCGCCUUGCUCAAGGCUUCCAGCUAAUUGUUCAGCCUCAGAAUGAAAGCGUUGCACGGACAACUCGAGCACCUUCGACCGAAGCAAAUGCUCCUGGAACCCAAAGCACAAACACGGCAUCAUUCGUCAGAUCAAAGUCGCGUAACAACGACAACGACGUGGACGAGGAGUGCUUACUCAGCAUUGGAAGACUCUUCCACAAAAUCAGCCUGAAUGGCUCAACCAUCACGGUUACGAGAUAUCGGCCCAGGCAUCCCUAUCAUCCUUUCAACAUACACUACCGAUAUCGGUUCCACGCUCCGGAUCACCUGACCUACGAGCUGUCCUGGGUGUCGUUCACAUCUGAAAAGCUGGAGAACUACAAUUGGAAUUACAUGGAUCACUAUAUCUGUUCUCGUGGAGAUACAGAUUUCGCCUUGAGUGAGACACUUAAGUUUUGGCGGUUUAGAGUCUAUUUACUUCCUGGGUCUCAUUCGGGGACAAAGAAAAUCCAGGAAGGUAGUUCGCAUUUUGACGUGUACCAAAUGCAAACGCUGGAUGAACAGGCUCUCUUGACCGAUGGUUUUCUCCGAUUCGUCGAGAGCUGGCUCAACAAAAUCAAGAGGCGCAACACUGUCAAGAAAACCAGGGCCAGUGUUGUCGGAAGUUCGCCAUUUCGAGAGCGUCUCGGCAGCAACAGGGUUUUAGAGAGGCCGAGAUCCAGGUCUGGAUCAAAAGUUAUGGAGCGAGUGAAAACCGAAAACGCCAACAGCGGGAGAGUGUCACCUGCGAGCGAGGUUUCGCUUGAGAGCACCGAGUCACACAACACCUCGGGAGAAAACAACGAAGACAACACCAGCGUUGAGUUCAAGAGAUUGAGUGCGUCUGCCAGCUAUCAGGAGAUCUUGGAAGCGAUGAAGAACCCAAAUGGUGGUCUCACCUUCCUCUUCCUCAAUCAAACCUCUCCCCCAAUGACCUUCUCCAGCGCUGAUGCUGUCCACUGGUUACUCACGCAUGUCGAAGGCUUGAACUCUAAAGACGCCGCAGCUGAUGUCAUGCAGGGAAUGCUGAAAAAUGAGCUCAUUCGACAUGCCUCAGGAUCAAAAACGCAUCCAUUCAUCGUUGGAUUCUAUCUGUACUACAUCACCGGGGAAGAAAAGGUUCAGGGCGAUGCCAUCAGCUUUGAGAACGAGUGGAUUGAGGUUGAGGUUGAGCGACCUCUUGGCUGGAAGUUUGAUAACGCGGUGUCGCAGAGUACGCCGAUAGCAAGCUUCCUUGUAGAAAAAUUAAACCACCAGGACUGCGAAGACUGGAAAAGGCCAAACUACAAAAACACACACUUGGACAUAGACGUGUCGAACAAGAGUGACAGGAUCGAAUGGGGACACGCGAAGUACCAACCUGUGUUCAGGGCCGAUCGUGCGUACGAGUUUUCCGUCCAGUGGGUUGCUGCAACUGGGACAGUUGUUUCAGACUUGGUGAUGGGUUGGGCGAGAAAAGCGCAGACUUGCGGUUUGCACAUGAUCCCUGUUCCUGCUGACCCGUUCGCUCUGCCAUACACAGAAAAGUCUGAUCCAUUGCGAGGCCCGAUAUUCAUUCCGUUGGACACAGAGGCUUUGAUGGGGAACAAGAGCCACCUUUUCGAAAACUUUGCGGAGGAUUCUUGGAAGCAGAGGCUAUUUCUAUUGCAAGACACUAUUGCUGCCAGAUUCGGAUUUGUUUCUUGCAUUCUGGAAACUGCUCUUGGCCAACCGCAGAGGCAGCCUCCAGUGCUUGGUGGUGAGCCACCCAGCACUCCAAAUUUGUCGACGCCAAUUAACUCGCACCAGUUCAACCCUUUUCACCGGCAAUACAUUCAUCUGACUGGAAAUGCCUUCAUCAUGAUACCAACUCAGCCAUGCUGCCAGCCAAAGAGCAAACCAAUCAGAAUCCAAGGCAGUCAAGGCUCCAAACAAAAUCGCUAUGACUCGCUCCAAGAAAUGCCACCAUCGAGCCCUCAUGAAGAGUACAUCACUCGACACGUCAGUGGUAAACGAGACGAGUGCGGACCAGAAACGAGGAUUGGAUUUCUCUGGUCUUGGAACCACAUGAUCGGUCGCCGUUGGAAAACGGCUUCAAACCCAGCUACCGGUGAUGAGAAAUUCCAAGACCGGCUUUUGCAAGAUUUUCAGGAUUUCUGCUCUAAUGAAGACAACAGGCUGAAAGCCUUUUGGGACAAAUGUUGGGCAGAGAAGGAUGAAAGAUCUGACGAAGAUAUGUGAUUUUUUAUGCGCUAGUUGUUUCUAAAAUAUAUUUUGUUAAGUUCCUAUAAUCCCUAUAAUCAAAAUAAAGUUAAACUCUUUAAUUACA